CAGGUGUGUGAACCCCAAGCGGGCCGGGUCACCAACCAGCUGCAGUACCUGCACAAGGUGGUCAUGAAGGCGCUCUGGAAGCACCAGUUCGCUUGGCCCUUCCGGCAGCCCGUGGACGCCGUUAAGCUCGGCUUGCCGGAUUACCACAAGAUCAUCAAGCAGCCCAUGGACAUGGGAACCAUCAAGAGGAGGUUGGAGAACAAUUAUUACUGGGGGGCGGACGAGUGCAUGCAGGACUUCAACACCAUGUUCACCAACUGCUACAUCUACAACAAGCCCACGGACGACAUCGUGCUGAUGGCGCAGACGCUGGAGAAGCUUUUCCUGCAGAAAGUGGCGCAGAUGCCGCCGGAGGAGCAGGAGCUGCUGCUGCCCCUGGGCAAGAACAGCCACAAGAAAGGGGCGGCCAGGGCUGCAGCUCUCCUGGCCGGGCUGACGAGCGCGGCGCAGCAGGUGCCGGCCGUGUCGUCCCUGUGCUCCCAGAGCUCCUCGGCGUUCCCCGGCGCGGGCGGCGCCGAGCUCCCCGCGGCCAUCGUGGCGCUGGCGCACCCGUCGGUGAUCGCGGCGCCGCUGCUGAAAUCCCUGCAGCACGCCGGGGUCGGCAACCCCGGUAAUCCCAGUAACCCCAGUAAUCCCAGUAAUCCCAGUAACCCCGGCAACCCCGGCAACCCCGGCGUCCUGGCCGCUCCCGCGCCCACGCAGCCCGUGGCCAAGAAAAAGGGCGUGAAGCGGAAAGCCGACACCACCACCCCGACCACCACGGCCAUCAUCGCCACCAGCACCGGCGGCGAGUCGUCCCCUUCGGCCGCCGAGAACCCCAAAGCCGCCAAGAUCCCGGCGCGGCGCGAGAGCGGCCGCCCCAUCAAACCGCCGCGCAAGGACCUGCCGGACUCGCAGCAGCACCAGACGUCCAAGAAGGGGAAGCUCUCGGAGCAGCUCAAGUACUGCAACGGCAUCCUCAAGGAGCUGCUGUCCAAGAAGCACGCGGCCUACGCCUGGCCCUUCUACAAACCCGUCGACGCCUCGGCGCUGGGGCUGCACGAUUACCACGAGAUCAUCAAGCACCCCAUGGACCUCAGCACCAUCAAGCGGAAGAUGGAGAACCGCGAUUACCGCGACGCGCAGGAAUUCGCCGCCGACGUCCGGUUGAUGUUCUCCAACUGCUACAAGUACAACCCGCCCGACCACGACGUGGUGGCCAUGGCCAGGAAGCUCCAGGACGUGUUCGAGUUCAGCUACGCCAAGAUGCCGGACGAGCCGCAGGAGUCGGGCGCGGCCUCGGCCUCGGCGCCGCUGCCGGCGGCCAAAUCCUCGUCCGAGGAAUCGUCCAGCGAGGAAGACGAGGAUGAGGAGGAGGAGGAGGAGGACGAGGACGAGGAGAGCUCCACGGAGACGUCCUCGGAGAGCGAGGAGAGCUCGGAUUCCGAGGAGGAGAGGGCGAACAGGCUGGCCGAGCUGCAGGAGCAGCUGCGGGCCGUGCACGAGCAGCUGGCGGCGCUGUCCCAGGGCCCCGUGGCCAAGCCCAAGAGGAAGAGGGAGAAGAGGAAGAAGAAGAAAUCCGAGAAGCACAAAGGGCGAGCGGGGCCCGACGAGGAGUCCCGGGCACGGCAGGCGCAGCUCCGGAGGGCGCGGAAAAACGGGAACGCCACCGGCUCCAGACCCUCCAAGAAAAGCUCCAAACCCCCCCUGCCCCUGGCGCCUUCGUCGCUGCUGGACUCCGAGGAAGAGGAGGAGUCGAAGCCGAUGUCGUACGACGAGAAGCGGCAGCUGAGCCUGGACAUCAACAAGCUGCCCGGCGAGAAGCUGGGCCGCGUGGUUCACAUCAUCCAGAGCCGCGAGCCCUCGCUGCGCGACUCCAACCCCGAGGAGAUCGAGAUCGACUUCGAGACGCUCAAACCCUCGACGCUGCGCGAGCUCGAGAGAUACGUGCUCUCGUGCCUGAGGAAGAAACCCCGCAAACCCUACAGCGAAACCCUGAAGAAGCCGGUGGGGAAGACGAAAGAGGAGCUGGCGCUGGAGAAGAAACGGGAGCUGGAGAAGCGGCUGCAGGACGUCAGCGGGCAGCUCAACUCGGCCAAAAAACCCCCAAAAAAGGCCAACGAGAAGCCGGAGUCGCCGGCGGCGGCCGCGUCGCGUCUGAGCGCCUCCAGCUCCAGCUCGGACUCCAGCAGCUCCUCCUCCUCCUCCUCCUCCUCGGACACCAGCGACUCCGACUCCGCCUGAAUUCCCAACAAAACCCCGGAAAAAAUUCCCAGGAGAGAAAAACAAAAUCCCGGCAAAAAAAAAAAACAAAAACUGAAGAAUUCCCGGAAAAAAAAAAAA